ACAAAAUUCCUUGCUUUACGCACUCUCUCUCUCUCUUCUUCUCAUUCCAUAUAUGUGACUUGCUUUGUUUCUUUUCUAUAUAUAAAUAAAAGUCUUAUUAGGGGAAUUGUUGGAUUGAAAGAAGGGAGGAUGGCGAAUAUAGGGAUAAUGGAUAGUGCAUAUUUUGUUGGGAGGAAUGAAUUGUUGUCUUGGAUCAAUGCCAGGCUUCACCUUAAUCUCACUCGCAUUGAAGAGGCUGCAUCUGGGGCUGUGCAGUGUCAAAUGAUGGACAUGACCUAUCCUGGAGCUGUUCCAAUGCAUAAGGUCAACUUUGAUGCAAAGACUGAAUAUGACAUGAUCCAGAAUUACAAAGUGUUGCAAGAUGUUUUCAACAAGCUCAAAAUUGACAAGCAUAUUGAAGUUAACAGGCUUGUUAAGGGCCGUCCUUUGGAUAACUUGGAGUUUCUGCAGUGGCUGAAACGUUACUGCGAGUCUGUAAAUGGUGGCAUUAUGAAUGAGAAUUAUAAUGCUCUGGAACGCAGAAGCAAGGGUGGGAAGGAACGAAAUGUGAAGGGUUCUCAGAGAUAUGCAAAGUCACUGCAAACAAACAACUGUCAUAACCCUGGAUUAGGGGAAGGCAUUACUAAGAUUACAGGAAUAAAACAAGGAAGGUCAAGUCCAGUAAUGGGUGGGGUUAAUUCUUCAGCAGAGAUUCAAGCUUUGUCAAAGGAGGCAUUAUUAAGCUUGAUUGAAGCCAGCUUAAAUUCAAUCACAGUACAUGCUUCUGGAUGGUCAAAGAUACUCCUAUUUAAAAGGAUCUUGCAGAACUGUUCUGAACUACAUCCGAAGCUAAGGAUAUGGUUUGCUUAAGUAUUAGGGGAUCAUGUCUGCUGCUGUUGGUUUUACUUUUUUUCUUUCUUUCUUUUUGACAUUAGGUUCGGUGUUUGUCAAAAGUCUGUUAUGUUUGGUUUAGAGAUUAUAUGACAGUGUAAGGAUAUGUCAAGAUUUAAAGAAUUCCCAGUUUAAUAGAAUCUCUAAUUUGUCCUAAAAGAUAAGUAAUUGAGUAGUGGAAAGAAACAACCCGAAAUGGAGUGGAAUGGAUAUUGCUGAUUCUCAACCAAUCCCAACUAUACCAGGAUUGUGGUAUUGUCACGACCCAAUUUCCCCUCCGUAUGACGUCGUGACGGCACCUAGUCUCUACGACUAGGUAAGCCUAACAUUUGCGGAAUAAUGAAAUGAAAACAUAAAUUUAACAACUAACUGUAGCAGUAACAACAUAACUGGGUACCAUGUCGCCUGGCAUGUAUAAUAACCAACUAUUCAAAAUACACAUAAAUCCCAAAACCCAAAACAUCGUGAAUUACAAACUACAGAAGGAAAGUCUAGUGUCUCUAUACAUCAGAGUCUAACAAAGGAAAAAUACAGAAGAUAAUGGACAUG